AUGGAGGAAAGGGAGCUACGGGAGACAGAUUUCCCUUUGGAAGUUAGGAAGGAGCUGGGUGAAGAGGAUGAGAUAGAAAGCGAUGCAGGAACGGCUGUGGCAUCUGGCAUUGAGACGCGAGCGGCUGCUGCAAAGGCUAAGGCUGUAAGACCUGAAGUGGUAGCUCCCUUGAGACAGGUGGACCAGGCAGUGCCAGAUCAGCAGGGAGCCGUACAGAUUAAGUCCAUGUUCCAGUAUGUUCCGUUCACUACGACGGAUCUUUUGAACUGGAAGGAACAUUUUGGCCCUUUGACUACUAAGCCGGCUGAAAUGGCAAGCUUGUUUCAGACCAUUAUGCGCACCCAUAAUCCAACGUGGCAGGAUGUGCAACAGUUGUUAGAUACUUUGUUGACUCCUGAGGAAAAGGAGAAGUGGAGAACUGCGGAAUAUCAGAAUCUAGUGGUGGAGGCUCUUCGCAAGGCUGGAAAGCCUCCUGUGAAUAUGUCAAAACCCUCUUUAGUGAUGCAGGAAGCAGAUGAAAGUCCGGAAAGUUUCUUGCAGAGGCUGAUUGAAGCUUAUGAGCUUUAUACACAGGGAUCUGGCUUGGAGGAAGCCCCCCCUGAGCCAUUGGUUACUUUAAAUAUAGGGGGCAAACAGACAACGUUUUUGGUGGAUACUGGAGCAGGCAGAUCAGUUGUGAAUAAUCAAGUUGCUGAAAUAGGACCCCAUAAAAUUCAGAUUCAAGGAGUGUCAGGGGAGAUUCUAGGGCGUUCGGUCUUACAGCCUGUCACGUGUGUGUUUGAGGGCUCAAAGAUUCAACACGAGUUCUUAUUUGUCCCCGAAUGUCCGGUUUCCCUGCUAGGUAGGGACCUACUUAGCAAGCUAGGGGCCACUAUUUCUUUUGAUGAGGGACAACAAACACUUCAGAUUAAACACCAGCCAGAGGCAAUGUGGAGAUUGAUGGUUAACAGGACUGUGGAAGAGGAGGUUGUGGAUGAGACAUGGAGGGAGUUUGGAGUGCCGGGGCUGUGGGCUGAGGAUAACCCCCCUGGUUUCGCAGCUCACCACCCCCCUGUGAUUGUGGAAAUGAAACCUUUAGCAACGCCUGUGCGUAUCAGACAGAGAUCUUGCUCCAAGGAGGCUAUAACUGCUAUAUAUGAGAGCAUCCAAAACUAUUUAAAAGCAGGCAUUUUGGUGCCCAUCCAAUCACCUUGGAACACCCCUAUCCUGCCUAUUAAAAAGCCCGAUGGUUCCUUUCGGCCAGCACAGGACCUAAGACUCAUAAACUCCAUAACUGUCACGAUCCAUCCUGUUGUGCCCAACCCCUACACGUUGUUGAGCUUAAUUCCUCCAACUGCAAAGUGGUUUUCAGUUGUGGAUUUGAAACAUGCUUUUUUCACGAUUCCUAUUCACAAGGCUAGCCAGCCGUUGUUUGCUUUUGAGUGGGAAAAUCCAAAUACUGGGCAAAAAGCACAGUAUACCUGGACCAGGCUGCCACAGGGCUUUAAAAAUUCACCUACCCUCUUUGGAACAGCCUUAGCAGAAGAUUUACAGCAUUUUGUGCCCCGACAGAGGGGUGACACGCUUCUGCAAUAUGUAGAUGAUGUGCUGGUGACAGGCAGAACUGAAGAGACAUGCUGGGAGAACACGAAAUAUCUUUUACACUUACUGUUGAAGUGCGGCUAUAGGGUCUCCAAAAAGAAGGCACAAUUAGUCAGACGGAAGGUGAAAUAUUUGGGAUAUGAGAUUGAGGAGGGGCAUAGGGCUUUAGGCUGGGAGAGGAAACAAGCUGUGCUAGCUAUUGCUGAACCCCUUAAUAGGCGGCAACUGAGGGGCUUUUUAGGUCUGGCAGGGUUUUGCAGGAUAUGGAUACCAAAUUUUGCUCUAUUAGCUGCACCUCUUUAUUCAGCUACAAAAGGAGCUGAUAAAGACCCUUUUGAAUGGGAGGGAGAACAAAAGAAUGCCUUUAGGGAAGUGAAACGAGCUCUCACCUCAGCUCCAGCUUUAGCCUUGCCUAACUUAGAGAAGCCUUUCAAUUUGUAUGUUGAUACCAGGAAGAAUGUUGCCUUGGGGGUGUUAACUCAACAAUUAGGACAGUGGCAACGCCCGGUGGCUUACUUAUCUAAGCAAUUAGAUGGGGUUGCCCAAGGCUGGCCACAUUGCCUGAAGGUUCUUGCUGCUAUAGCAGUCCUUUUACAGGACUGUAAUAAAUUGACCUUCUCAUGUCCCAUAAGUGUCCACACCCCUCAUGCAGUUCAUUCUAUCUUGGAUAAUAAAGGGCAUUUGUGGAUCAGCAGUCAAAGGCUUUUUAAGUAUCAGGCGAUGAUGAUUGAAAAUCCUCAAGUGAAAUUAGUGGUGUCUAACCGGCUAAACCCUGCCACCCUAUUGCCCACAGAAGUGGAUUCAGAACACAACUGCUUGCAAGUUUUGGAAACUGUAUAUUCAAGCCGUCCGGAUUUAUCUGAUAUUCCUCUUCAGGAUGCUGCCCUAAAUUGGUAUACAGACGGCUCGAGUUACAUGCAGGAUGGGAGGAGGGUUUCUGGAUAUGCGAUUGUGAAUGAUGAGGAAGUGGUGGAAAGUAGUCCGCUAGGAGCAAACUGCAGUGCUCAAGUGGCAGAAUUGUGGGCAUUAAUUAGAGCAUUGGAAAGAGCUGAAGGGGAAACUUUAAAUGUCUGGACAGAUAGUAAAUAUGCUUUUUUGACUCUGCAUGCUCAUGGGACUGUGUAUAAGGAAAGGGGAUUCAGGGAUUCUGCGAGCAAACAUGUGUUGCAUGGACAUUUGAUCAAGCGACUUCUCGAUGCUGUGCAGAAACCAGCAAAAGUUUCUGUGAUGCAUUGCAAAGGACAUCACAAAGUGGAUCGGGUGGCUCAAGGGAAUAGAAGAGCUGACUUGGAAGCUAAGAAGGUGGCAAUGAAAACAGGGCCCAUUCCUGAUCUAUCAAUAUGUGUGGCAAUAGACAUAGGGGACUUGCCUCCUAUCAUUAAACCAACAUACUCUCAGCAGGAGUGUGUGAAAGCAGUGAAUGAUCUCAAAGCUACUAUUAAGGAUGGGUGGUAUCUUUUGCCUGAUGGACGUAUUUUUGUCCCUCAAUCUUCAGCAUGGGCUUUAUUUCAGGCAGCACAUGAAACAACACACAUGGGGAAAACUGGAUUGGAUGCUGCUAUUGGGAGGGAUUACUAUGUACAUGGGUCGGCUGGGAUAGCUGCUCAAGUGGUUUCACAAUGCGGCAUCUGUGCUAAGGUCAAUCCUCGACAAGGGCCCCUACUACCACCUGGAACCAUACCUGUCUCUUACUUUCCUAUGGACUCUGUCAUGGUUGACUUUACAGACAUGCCAAGAUGUGGACUAUACAAAGCUUUAUUGGUAUUUGUGGAUAAAUACACUGGCUGGCCAGAGGCUUUCCCUACAAAGACUAAACAAGCCAGGGAAGUGGCAAGACUAUUGUUAAAAGAACUAAUACCUCGUUUUGGUUGCCCGUCUUUUAUUUCCUCUGAUAAUGGUCCUGAGUUUGUUCAUCAAGUUAAUCAAGCAGUGGCUACUGCUGUGGGAUCCAAAUGGCGGUUUCAUUGUGCUUUUCAUCCUCAGUCCGGUUCGAAUUCUGAACGAAUGAAUCGCACACUGAAAGAGAAAAUUACUAAGAUCUGUGCUGAAAGUCACCUGAAAUGGCCUGAUGCAUUGCCCUUAGCUCUCUACGCUGUGAGAUGUGCUCCACGUAGACAAUACAACCUAUCCCCAUAUGAGUGA